AUGAAUUUCAUCCUCUACCUGCUCGUCAUCAUCUCUUGGGCUACGACUAUUGGAUGCGUUCCGAUUCUUCAAGCCUACAUCAUACCGGCAACUUUUGAGAAACCGGGCUACUUCUUUUAUGUCGGUUUUAAUAUUGACCCAGAACCACCUAAAGUCAAUUUCCCAGCCAAUUUUGCUUGA